AUGCCUGCAAGAAGAAAGAGUACUGUCAGGAAAUCCGAGAUAAUUGAAUCCACUGAAGAGAGAACCUUUGUCAAUCCUUCAGCAGUUAGUCCACAUCUGUCCUGCCCUAUUUGUCAAGAGGUAUUUGUCAAUCCGCAAAGAGCCCCCUGUGGUCACACCUUCUGUAGAUCAUGUAUCCUCCCGUGGAUUAGCACCAAUCCGGUUUGUCCAGUCGAUCGGAAACCAACGCCUAAGGAUUCACUCUACCAUGAUUUCCUGAUUGAAAAUAUUAUCGGCGAUUACAUGGUUGCCUGUCCAUGGCGCCCGCUUGGUUGCGAUUUCGUCGGACCAUUGCACAUGCUGCAGUCUCACAAGAAGGCGUGUUUCAUGAACCCGGACUCUCUGCCUCCUGCCCUUCGAGCUCAUGCGACAGCCCAGCUGUCUUCUCAGCGGCACACCACUGGAAUAUGUGCAGCACCUUGUCAAAAGAAGUCACCUGAUACAGUUACCCUAAAUAGCAACAACACCAAUUCCGCGCUUGGCGUUGUUCACGGUGACGGUAAUUGUUCUGGUUCUGUUUCGCCGGCGGCGUCUACUUCGCAACCAUUGGAUGAUCAAGAGAGUGUGUUGCAUGCUAGCGACGAAGAGCACUUACCUCCUACCCCACCACCCAAUCUUUUACUUCGACUUUAUCACAACUCCGACCAAGACUCCCGUAAUUUAUUGUGCAAUUUUUUGGACAAUUCUCCCGUUGCAUCUGUAGCCGUUCCUGCGAACAAACGUCGCAGGAGGUAUCCCAGAUAA